AUGUCUUUGCAGAGUAUUGUUGCGUCGAUGAUCAGCGACGCCCCACCGGGCAACAACCUCAAUCUGGUCAAUGAUAUCAAGGUGUUGCUGAACAACGAGGACUCCAGAAAGAUCAUUGCCACCAACCUGGAACAAUUCUACCUGAACAAGGACUUUAAGCUGGUUAAAAUAAACGACGACCAGUUUGUGCUUGUUUCGAAAUACAACAAGUCGGGAGCCAAGUUUUACGACCCGAGCCUGGACCUGACGUUUGACUACGAUUUCGACGCCCUCAAGGUGAUUGACGUGGAAACCGGCCGCGCCCCACUGUCCAGCCAGCUGGCGAAAUAUAACGAGCAAUUGGCCGAGUACUGCUCGCAACACUACCCAACGUUCUACAAGUCGGUUGUGGUGGAGGACGAGACCGACUCGGACAUUUUUUAUUUCAUCAUUGUGGACGAGAACCUGAACGACGGCAACUUCUACAACGGCAGAUGGCAGUCUUUUUACAAGUACAAUUCCAGCACGAACGAGCUGGCGGGGGAGAUAAGAGUCAAGAUCCAUUAUUAUGAAGAUGGGAACAUUGUACUGAAUUCCGGAACCAAGGUGAAUGAAAAAGCCGGGGCUUCUGUGGUUGACACCAUUGCCAAAGCGGAAAACAAGUACGAGAUCGCGGUGUUGAACAAGUUUGCGAAACUGAACGACGAUUUGUUCAAGAACCUCAGAAGACAGCUGCCUAUCAACCGGUCCAAGGUCAGAUGGGGCGAUGCCAUUGGCAACUAUAAGUUGGGCCAGGAUGUUGUUGGAGGAAGACACUAG